AUGGAUUCAAAAUUCUGCUGCUGUGUGUUCUUUACCCUCUCUGCAUUAACAUUUUCAGUCACAUUUUCUGACCUACAAUAUGAGCGGAAAAUUCUGCUGGUUUCUUUUGAUGGAUUCCGUUGGGAUUACAUCUACAGAGUACCCACACCCCAUUUUCAUUAUAUCAUGAAUUAUGGUGCCUACGUCAAGCAAGUUACUAAUGUUUUAGUUACAACAACAUAUCCUAAUCACUAUACUUUGGUGACUGGUCUCUACCCGGAGAGUCAUGGCAUAAUUGCCAAUGAUAUGUAUGAUUCUACUCGGAACAAAACCUUCUCCUUGGAAGACAUGAACAUCUAUGAUUCAGAAUUUUGGGAAGAUGCAACCCCAAUAUGGAUCACAAAUCAAGGUGCAGGACAUAACACUGGUGCCGCAAUGUGGCCUGGAACAGAUGUGAAAAUACAUGGAAAAUUUCCUACCUACUAUAUGCCUUACAAUGAGUCUGUUUCAUUUGAAGACAGAGUCAAGAGACUUAUUGAAUGGUUUAAGUUCAAGAAACCUAUAAAUCUUGGGCUUCUUUACUGGGAGGAUCCUGAUGAGAUGGGCCAUAAUUUAGGUCCUGACAAUCCCCUCAUGGACUCUGUUAUUUCUGAUAUUGACAGUAAGUUGGGGUACCUCAUCAGAGAGCUGAAGAAAGAAAAAUUGUGGGACAACAUGAACCUCAUUAUCACAAGUGAUCACGGCAUGGCACAGUGUUCUGGGGAAAAGAUCAUAGAGCUUGACCAAUAUGUUGAUCCAAAUGACUACAUCCUGAUAGACCAUUCACCAGUUAGAGCCAUUUUGCCAAAAAAAGGUAAAUUUGAAAAGAUUUUUGCAGCAUUGAAUAAUGCUCAUCCUAACCUGACUGUUUACAAAAAGGAGGAUAUUCCAGACAGAUUUCAUUACAAGUACCAUCAGAGAAUUCAACCCAUCUUAAUAAUGGCUGACAAAGGAUGGACCAUUUUACAGAAUAGAUCCAAUGCGUUUAUGUUAGGUAACCACGGUUAUGAUAAUGCAUUUUCUGAUAUGCAUCCAUUGUUCUUGGCCCACGGUCCUGCUUUCAAAAAGAAUGUUUCAAAGGAAUCCAUGAACUCUACAGACGUGUACCCUCUGCUAUGCUAUAUUCUUGACAUUCUUCCAAUGCCGCACAAUGGAUCACUGGCAAACAUAAAGGAACUUCUUUCUGCAUCGGUCCCCAAAGUGAUUCCACCUAGUGUGAUGACUCCACGGAGCAACGUGAAUCUAAAAGUUUACAAGCUACAUUCGUAUGCUUACUUUGUGGGAGUCUUCCUUGGUAGCAUCAUAGUGAUUGUGUUUCUUCUAGUUUUUGUUAAGCAAUUAAUUCACAGCCAAAUGCCCACCAUACAAGAGCGGAACGCUGAAAUAGCUCAGCCAUUGCUAUGGUCUUAAGAUCUCUUUGGAAUGGAGAACUUUAAAGCUAGGUGUUUGUUGUUAAAAAAAGAAAUGUGUGAUUUCAGGAAACCAACUUCAGAAUUUGCAUAGAAAGAACAUGCAGUGUUUUAUACAAACACACAUCACACUUAACACAUACCCACAUACACACAACUUGAACUAAAGUUCACAAUGCUCUUUACCUGCAUGAGAUUAAAAAUAUAAGUAAGAGCAUGUCUUUACUUUACUUUAUUCUUU